AUGCGGGUGGCAGGUGAUUCCCUGACUUCAGAUGAUCAACUUGACGACACCUGGGUAACUGUAUUUGGAUUUCCUCAGGCAUCAGCUUCAUAUAUUCUUCUACAGUUUGCUCAGUAUGGAAAUAUAUUAAAGCAUGUGAUGUCCAACACAGGGAACUGGAUGCAUAUUCGAUACCAGUCUAAGCUUCAAGCCCGGAAAGCCUUAAGCAAAGAUGGAAGGAUUUUUGGUGAAUCCAUCAUGAUUGGUGUCAAGCCCUGCAUAGAUAAAGGUGUGAUGGAAAACUUUGAAAGAAGCUCUGCACCCUCAAAGUCUUCACUUUCCACUCCACCUACAAAAUCUGUCAGCACACCAGUACAACCUGCAAAUAAUACUGCAAGAAUUUCUACAAUGAGACCGCUUGCAACGGCAUAUAAAGCUUCCACUAGUGACUAUCAGGUGGUUUCUGACAGACAAACUCCUCGGAAAGAUGAGAGCAUUGUAUCUAAAGCAAUGGAAUAUGUGUUCGGCUGGGUUUUCUCUUUUCUGGAAAGAUGAUGGGCUAUUUGCAGGAAGAACACUAUGCAUAGCUGGCUCCCAGGGACAGGGACUGCUCUUAGUAUAUGUGAUUGUAAUUUUUAUUAGGAUUCAUUGCUGUUUUAUAAUUCUCUGGUGUCAUGUUCUAAAUGUUACAGCAAUCUUUUAUUUCUUCAUUUUAUUAAUAAAGCUAAAAAAAGUCAAGUUUUUCUUGGGUUGUUUUUUAAACAAGUAUGAGUUCUGUUAGGGUAAACUAUGUGCAGUGCUCUAAGCUGAAGUAUGAUUGUGAUGGUGUAAUCCUUACCCUUCUUCUCUCCCCCUUGCUGGGCUGCUUGUUGCCAGGUGUGAUUCCACCCACUCCCCCGAACUAUACACCAGGCUGUGGAGAUAAGAACUGCUAACGUUAAGGGGCUCCCUUGAUGAGCCUGGCUCCUGCCCUCCCCCCACCCCAGAUUGCUCAGAAACGUUUUUAAGAGCCCAUCAUCUCCUAAGGGCCUGGGAUGGGGUCAAAUAGGAAAAGUAGCAGAGUUGCACGUUCAUCCAGUUCUUGUGCAACUGCUGGAAG